AUGCAUAUCCGGGAAAAGCUUGCACAGAAGGAGGCCUCGGGGGAGCCCGGUAUCUCCUUCGAGUUCUUUCCUCCCAAGACCGCCCAGGGUGUACAGAAUCUCUAUGACCGCAUGGACCGCAUGCACGGGUUGGGUCCCUCGUUCAUUGACAUCACAUGGGGUGCGGGUGGCCGUUUGUCAGAGUUGACUUGCGAGAUGGUUGGCGUCGCUCAGUCAGUGUAUGGUCUGGAGACCUGCAUGCACUUGACAUGUACCGACAUGCCUCAGGAAAAGAUUGACCAGGCCCUCCAGACCGCGUACAAGGCCGGCUGCACCAAUAUCCUGGCCCUGCGAGGUGAUCCCCCGCGUGAGAAGGAGGCAUGGGAAGCUGCCGACGGAGGAUUCCGCUACGCCAAAGAUCUCGUCAAAUACAUUCGGCAGAAAUAUGGAAACCAUUUCGACAUUGGUGUGGGCGGAUACCCCGAGGGUGCCGAUGAUAACCCCGACGUGGAUCUAUUGAUCGAUCACUUGAAGGAGAAGGUUGAUGCCGGUAGUACUUUCAUCAUCACUCAGAUGUUCUAUGAUGUGGAAAAUUUCAAGACGUGGGUCAACAAGUGUCGGGCCAAGGGUAUCAACGUGCCAAUCAUCCCAGGCAUCAUGCCUAUUCAAACCUACGCAUCUUUCAUUCGCCGCUCUACCUGGACCAAAGCCCAUGUUCCUCCGCAGUGGAUGGAGGCUCUAGAGCCCGUGAAGAACGACGACGCUGCUGUCCGAGACGUUGGCAAGCGCCUGAUCGCCGAAAUGUGCAGAGACAUACUGGCCUUUGGCAUCAACCACCUCCACUUCUACACCAUGAACCUGGCCCAAGCAACAAAGCUGGUUUUGGAGGAGCUGGGACUCGUUCCAUCCGAAGAGUCGCCCAUUCAACGUUCCCUGCCAUGGCGACCGUCUCUCGCUCUGGGCCGCAGAUCAGAGGAUGUGCGCCCAGUUUUCUGGCGCAACCGCAACUCUUCAUACGUGGCUCGCACUCAGACAUGGGACGAGUACCCCAACGGUCGCUGGACCGAUUCUCGCUCACCUGCAUUCGGUGAACUUGAUGCAUACGGUGUCGGUCUGAAGGGCUCGAACGAACAAAACAUCAAGCUGUGGGGCGAGCCAAAGUCUCUAAAGGACAUUGGCGAUAUCUUUAUUGACUUCUUGAGUGGGAAACUGGAGCGCUUGCCGUGGAGUGACACACCGAUCACCAUUGAGGCCAAUGACAUCAAAGACCCCUUGGUGGACUUGAACAACAGGGGCUUUUUGACUAUCAACUCCCAGCCCGCUGUGAACGGUGUCAAGUCUUCUCACUCAGUAUAUGGCUGGGGUCCCAAGAACGGUUUCGUUUACCAGAAGGCCUACCUGGAGUUGCUCGUUCCUUCAUACUUGAUUGACGAGCUUAUUUCCCGCAUCGAACAAAAUGAGGAUAUGACAUACCACGCUGUUUCCAAGUCUGGCGAAUUGAAGACCAACACGCACGACAGCCCGAACGCCUUGACCUGGGGUAUUUUCGCUGGCCGAGAAAUCAUCCAACCUACCAUCACAGAGACUAUCAGUUUCCUGGCGUGGAAGGACGAGGCUUACCGCUUGGGUGAAGACUGGUCCAAGUGUUACGAUGCUGCCAGUCCCAGUAGGAAGCUGAUCCAAAGCGUCAUGGACGACCGAUACCUCGUCAACAUUGUGGAUAACGACUUCCACCGAUCUAACGCCGUCUUUGAUCUGUUCAAGGACUUGGUUGUCAAGGAUCUGGAUGUUGAAGUGACUGGAAAGCCAGUAGAAGCCAAUGGCGUUACUGAGCUAAACGGCACUGAGACCAAGAACUAA